AUGGCGGGGGUGAAUGGAGACCGUAAAGGGAAGAAAGAUGACAAUGGGAUCGGCACAGCCAUUGACUUCAUGCUUUCCAAUGCCAAGCUGGUGCUGGGAGUGGGAGGAGCAGCCAUGCUCGGCAUUGCAACGCUUGCUGUCAAAAGAAUGUAUGACCGGGCCAUAAGUGCUCCCACCAGCCCCACCGGCAUGGAGCCGACAGGAAAGAGAAGCUGGGAGGAGCCAGCCUGGAUGGGUUCGUCACCACGGGUGCUGAACCACGACAUGAAGUCCACAGUUAGCAGGUCUCUGCAGUCUCUGCCCACUUCCUCACAUGCUUUUGAACCAGACUGUCUGCGGAGGGCUCUGGGUCGAGCUGCGGUGGGAGGCAGCGGUGCCACUCAGUCAGACCUGCAGCGGGCCCGGAUGCGUCUGUCGCUGCAGGAACAUCUGUGGGAGUUCUACCAAAAUAAUGUGAACAUCCCCUCGGAGGAGCAGGCUCUGGCUCGGAGAGCAGCGCUGGACAUCUGUGCCGAACUCAGAGUGUUCCUUCAUGCCAAACUGCCCGACAUGCCGCUCAGAGAGAUGUACCUGAGUGGCAGUCUGUAUGAUGACCUGCAGGUGGUGACAGCGGACCAUGCCCAGCUCAUGGUGCCUCUGAUCUUGGAGAAGAACCUGUGGUCGUCCGUCCCUGGGGAGGACACCAUCAUGAACGUCCCAGGUUUCUGGCUCGUCCGCAGGGAGAACUUGGAGUAUUUCCCACGGAACAGCAGCUACUGGGACCGCUGCAUGGUCGGAGGCUACCUCUCUCCUAAAUCAGUCCUCGAAGUGUUUGACAAGCUUGUGGCGGGCUCGAUCAACUGGCCGGCUAUAGGGAGCGUCCUCGACUACAUCAUUCGUCCUGUCGUUCCCUCAGAAACACUGACCCUGGAGGUGCAGUAUGAGACGGACCGGAAACUGUACGUGGACUUCUUACCGUUACUUGUGAUGGAGGACGGAACCUCACUGAUCGCCAAACCACAUCGACUAGCUGCAGAGCGCCAUGAAAACCUGUGGCGGCAGAGCUUCCGCGUGGCUGAGACAGCACGACUCAGGGCCCUGGACCAGGAGGACGGAGGCUGCCGAUGCGCCUGCCUGAAGCUGGCGAAAGCCGUGUGCAAGCUCAACCCUGCCCUUAACCGGCUCAACGCCAGCCAGCUCACCAACGCCAUCUUGUUGCUGUGCGAAAAAGAAGGCGACUGGACCCAAGAAGCGCUGGCUGACCGCUUCCUUCAACUGCUACGAGCGCUGGUGGGACACCUAGAGGCCGGGAGGCUGCUGUGCGCCCUCAGCCCUAAAGUUAACUUAUUCUGUGAGCUGACUGCACAGGAAGUAGAUGAGUUGGGGUAUACGCUCUACUGUGCCCUCUCAGAUCCCGAGGGGCUGCUGAGAACUGCUGUGGCACAGCCGCCCAACCCUUGACAACCUCGAAUACAAACGUCACUACACGGCAACAUGGCAUUGAAACGUUAAACACUGUUGUGCUGGCAGUGGUGACCUCGAGCCGUAAUGAGGUCCCUGAGGGGGAAAAAACAACUGCAUGGAUUCAUCCUCUCUCCUGAAACACUCGGUCUCUUCUGUCUUAACCGCCAUCAGUGAGAAAACAGGAUACACACAGUAGCAGUUAUCUGUUGAGUCUUGACAUGAAAGCUGUAUGUGGUGUGAUACUAUUUUAAUCUCAAAAGAAAGUGAAGGCCCGUUUGAGUCCACGGCUCUCACUAAAGCCACUGUAUUAAUGAAGUUAAAAGGCGUCAUGCUGCUACGGCUCUAAUACAUCGUGAUUAAGUCUAAACAGACGGGAAAUACAUGACGUCUGAGAUACAGUUUGUACAUCUGCAUCAUAAUGAGCUCUUUUUAACUGGUUGGAGAGUUUCAGGAGGACAUGCCAUUAAAUGUUGUCCACUCUGUUUUGAGAUAGGUCCAACUCACUGUGUCAAAGAGUAGUGUAAUGUUGAUCUUGUGUAAGCUAAUGAAUUGUCAGUCAGCCUAAAGAGACGCACUAACUGUCUUUUCUCUCCGUUUGGUAUCAGAUAUAAUCUUAAAGGUCCAGCGCGUAGGAUUUAGUGGCAUCUAGUGGUGAGGUUGCAGAACUGAAACUUAUCCCUAGUGCCAAGCGUGUCGGAGAGAGCUAGUGUAGAACAACAUGGCGGACUUGUGUGUAGAUAUAAACCAACAAUCCUUAUUUAGCGAUGAAUAUUAAAUGACAUUUCUGCCAAUAGAUGUCCCUAAAUCCUACAAACUGGUCCUUUAAACGCUGCUGGUGUGAAGUCAGGGUUUUUGUCAGAACUUCAUUAAUACAGUGGCUGUGUUUAAGAUGUAUGCUUUCCAUGUCUGCAGGGAUCUGCAUAAAACGAACAUUAGGCUGUGAUUGGAAUGUGUGCAGCUUGCAUGUGUUACCUAAUCUAGAAAUCAAACAGGUGAAUAUACACUGAGUUAUAUGUCGAUGUCUAUUUGUAAUACUUCAAACUCACCAUUCAACUAUGAAUCAGACGUAAAGUUGAAUCCACAAAUGGAAUAUGCUCGAGUUAAUGGAAAUGUGAAGUUUUCUGGUUUGUCGCUGAUCAUGAAAUUUGGACGAUGUUUCCAUGUGGCUGUGUCUAAUACAGAGCUGCUCUUUGUUCGUUACGACAAGGAGGUCUCUUAUUCGGUCUCACAUUUGUUGCUGUGGGCCACAGGUCUGAUAUGCUUUAUUAUCUUGUUUCUUUAAUGACCUCCAUCACGGGUUAUUUUGCACUGUCAUGAUGUUAGUAAGGUGGUCCAAAGUGUCUCAGUGGGACAUUCAGAAAGUGCUUUAGCCUACUGGUUGUUGCUUUAAUUUAAAGUCCAGUUUCCUCCACGUUAUUAUUUGGGGUGCAGACACUGGCAGCCCAGUAUCUCUGGCUGGACACUUCAGUUCUUCACAUACUGUUUUUUUUAACCACAACACACUGUUGUAAACAUGGUACUUUUGUCAUAUCAUAUACAUGGACGUUUUUCAUUUGUUGGAUUAGUAUCAGUAUUAAAGGGGUAUUUUUCAACCUGGACCCUAUUUUACCAUGUUUUUAUGUGCGACUAGUAGAGACAACAAGUUUUGAAACUGGUCCAGUGUUGAGUGAGAGCGCUGCAAUGAAAUCCCUACAGGCAAUUGUGUUUAAGUCCACUUAAGUGUUUGUUUUUGCCACUGACAGGCUAAAGCUGUUACUAAAAGUGUCUGACAACAUUAUGGAAAUGAUCCCUACAAAUGUUUUUUCAUGUGUUGCUGGUCUGUCUGUUAUUUUGGGCGAAGUCUCGUUCUGAAAUCUCGCGAGAGGUGACUUGAAUGGUGGAAACGUUAGUGAGAGUUGGAGUGAGGAGUCCCAGGAAGAGUUUGUUGUGUUAGAAUACAGACAGUGUAGCCUAGUGUUACCUAAAACAUGGGUCUUGAAUGUUUUUCUGGCCAAGUACCCCGAACAGCAGGGACCCCCUACUGCAUAGUCAUCCAGGUCAUGGAAAUCUUAAGCACUAAAUCGUAAUGCAGAGUUUCUCAAAGACGUUUCACCUCUCAGUUCUAUGUGACUGGUGCAGAGUUGCAGUCUUUAAACUCCAUGUGUGCGACCCUCACAGAGUCGUUAAGGUCACAUGUGAGUCGUUGACCCACCUGUCCAUCGUGUGCGUCGUUAGGGUUAACGACUGCGAAUCUCAGAGCUCACAUGUAUCCUCAACGACUCUGUAAGAGGUAACAUCCACAUGGAGUUGAAAGCCUGCGACUCCGCACCAGUCCGAACUGAAGAAACCUCUUGGAUGAGAGGCGACACGUCUUCAACAAACUCAAGUAAGUCCAGUUGCCUACGAUAUAGCACAGUAAUUUACAGAUUCAUAUUUUUAAACAUCAUGUUUGAUAGUCUGGCAGCCUGUCCACGGUGUGCCCGCCUCUCGCCCAAUGUCAGCUAGGACAGUCUCCAGCUCCCCUGCAGUCCUGUACCAGGAUAAGUGGCUACAGAAAUGAAAUUAAUAAAUGUUUUAUUGGUAAAUAUACUUAUGGAAGGCACAUUUAUUUAGCGUAGAGUAGCUCACAUGAUUGCAGGAGGACUCGUGGAUAACAAUUUGCCUAUAAUCAGCGUUGAGUACUGUAAAUCAAAUGAUUUAUAUUUGCUAAUAAUAUUUUGGACUCAUGUUAAUGUGCAUUUUCACAUCAAUAUAAAUUUCAAACAAUAUGUUGGCAGCCUUCCUGCAGUUACUUUGAGGACCCCCCUGUUGAAAACCCGUGAUCUAAAGGACUUGUAAUGCCAUGGCUGAAUAUGUAGCUGAUUUCGGCAAUGUGGAAAAAAGUACACAAGAUUCCAGAGCGAGACUUCCACAAGCGAGAGGUAAAGAAAAACAUUUUAUUUCUGUUGGGAUCAUCUCCAUAAUGUUGUCAGUAACUUAAGAUAACAAUUUGAGCCUGUCAGUGGCAAAAACACGCACUUUUGGAGGACUUAAAUCGACGAUUCAGGGAUUAUAUCGCAGCCUGUUUCACAUCUUGCUCAAUCCUGGGCCAAUUUUAAAAUCUAUUAGUCACUCAGACUCAAAAACAUCUUAAAAUAGGGUCCAGGUUGAAACAGUGCCACAGUCAGGCUUGAUUGCAGUCAGAGCUUGGAGCCUGUUACCUCUGUCGUUCAGUAUUUGUGUGAGUCCACAUUAAACUGAUUAACUUCUAGGUGCCCAGUCUGUCUACCGUAAGGAGCCAGACGUGGAUUAGCGCAGCAUACUAGGCCAUGUCACGCAGUCCUGACCCUGCACAGGAAGUGUUUGGCACCAUAUGUGUAUAAUAAUAGUUUACAGGUGCUAAUCUCCUCUAGAUGAUGAUCUGAUUGAGCGGGAUCCACUCGUCGUAAAAAGCAGCUUUGAUAGCCGAGGUUUCUGAUGCUAGAUUAGCCUGCUGCUCGCUGCAGGUGUCAGCACGUGGAGUCGCUACAACAACAGCUGCCAGAAGUGGAGUUUGUCUCUCUCUGACUGACUAUCCAAAAUAUGUUGUCUAAGAAUAAUCACAUGGUUGCUUUUUGUUCUCACCUUUAGCCUUAGGAUGAAAGUAAUUGCAGUGAUAAUGGAGCAAGCGUCCCCUCAUUUCUCAGUUUGUAUGUAGUGUACAAUAUGGAGGGAUUUGUUUCUAGGUCCGUCGUGCAUUCAGUUAAUAAUCAUCAUCCAGAUAAUAACGGACAAACAGGUGAAUAUUUUUGUAUUUAUUGUACAUUUGUAACCAAAAAAAAGAGCCGAUUAUUUAUUUGCAUUCAAUUCAACAUGUAAAGUACCACUUCCUGUGCUUCAUUAAGUGCUUUGUUCUGGAUGUACUGAUAUAAAAUGAAUCCACAGUAGGUCCUUGUUUGCGUAUUAGGCGUCUUCCUUUGCAGACCUAGUUUAUGAUACUGCUGUGCUGAAGGGAGAGGAGUCACUGUGCCACAUUUGUAAUGUAAACAGGAACCCAAAGUAGAUCACUACCUCUACCUUGUGGAGUUCACACUAGCCAUAUGCUUCGCUGCAUGCUGUGUAUUUUCCCCCAGCUUUUUUUUUUUUUAGUUCAGCUCUGGAGUUGAACGUGCAGCACUUUGUAUACUUCAUUAAAUGUUAAAAAUAAUAACAUUCAUCUUUGUUUUUGUUUUUCUUAAGGAAUCAUUUAAACCUUUAUUUAUUUAAGACUCUGGAAUCAAUUGAGCGAAACCGUUGAAUAUGCAAACCACUUAAAAUAAAAAAACUUUACAACCUGAGUCAAAUCCCAAGUCGUAAACUUUAAGUUUUGAGUCCUAAGCAAGUCAUAAUGCGCUCUUCACCAGAUAUACACGUUUUAAAAAUGUGUACUUUCUUGUCAUUGAUUUAUUAAAACAACUGCGACUGACAAUCAUAAAGAAGCAGUGCCGACAUUUCACGUUCAAUGCAUAUAACAUUAACAGCCAGUCCGAGAACAGAAUUAAUUUGGUAUGUUUCUGUCCUGUCUCGUAUUGGAAAAAUUUCUUUCAACUUUCUCUAACCCAAUUGGCUUGAGGGAAGGUGUCGAAUAUUUUCAAAGGGCUUAAGUCCAAGUCAAGUCACAACUCAUUGGUGUUAAAUCUAAGUCAAGUUGCAAGUCUAUUUUGUCGAGUCUGAAGUCAUUGUUUUUUUUUCAUUAAAGGGUUAAUUGCAAGCAGACAAAACGUUAAAACCAGGGACAGGUGAAGUGAAUAACAUUGAUUCAUUACAAUGCAGUGUUCUGCUGGGAAACCUUUGGUCCUGGCAUUCAUAUGGAUGCCCCUUUACGGACUCCAGUAUCCCAGAUGGUAGUAACCCCCAGCAGGGCAAUGCACCAUGCCACACUGCAAAAACUGCUCAGGAUUGGGCAAAGGCAAGGCAUUGACCUAGCUUUCAAAUUUCAUCCCAAUCUGAUCAAGCAUCUGUGGAACAAGCCAGUGCCCCGGAGGUCCUUUGUCCGGGCCUCGACAGGUCAGAGUCAAGUCUGAUCUAUCAUCUAUGAUGGGGCCUCUGACCCGUUGAGGCCUGGAGACCGGACCUCUGCGGAUGUCCUGUGUUGUCUGGCAGCAAAGCGUUGUGGGCAGAUCUUUUGAGUCCUGCGGGUUGCGAGGUAAUGCACUGGCAUGCCCAAUGGAUGUCCAAUCAGAUUGGGAUCUGGGGAAUUUGGAGGCCAAGUUGACGCCUUGAGUUUAGUCACGUCUGCCGAGCCAUUACCGAGCACUUUGUGGUGUGGCAUGGUGCACCGUCCUACCUGGGGGGGUGCACUUCCAUCAGGGAGGAAGGAAUAGGGGGGUGUACUUGUGGGUGUAGUGUGUCAAGUGGCAUCCACAUGAACGGCAGAACCCAAGGUUCCUCAAAGGAGCAUUGCACUGUAACUAAAUGAUCAAUGUUACUCACUUCACCCACCACUGGUUUUAAUGUUUUGGCUGAUCGGUGUGUAUAUGUAACAGCAGUUUAAACAGCACAAUCUAAAAUAAGGCAUUUGAACAGCUGUAAUGGUGUAAGAGAGUCCAAGUUUAAGGUCUUUUGCAGAUGUUUCCAUGAAUAAGGAGCACUGUAAGAGAAACAUUUCGAUUCUACAGUUCUUUUCCGAUGGAGAAAGGGGAGGCAAAUCUUAUUUCUGUACAGAAAACCAAAUAUAAUUCUCAAUUUAUUAAUCAGUGUUAAUAUGAUGCUUGAAGUUGAGGUUAUUCUCCAGCCAGAUACAAAGAUAUUUAUACUGAAGCACUCUCUGGAUGUGCCAUUUGCCAAAUGAAUGUUGAACGAUUUGGUGUGAGUACACUGAGCUUAACACUAACUUGAAAUGCAGUGAGACAAUCAAACCCCAUCCAUUCAAAGUUCAACAAAACAUUUAUUUAAAGCUUUAUUCAGUGAGAUUUGGUAAUAAAAUUCACAUUGGCAUAUUAAGAGAAACAUCCUGAGACCUUCAGAGUACAAAAGCAGCCCCAAUUAAAACGUCUAUUAGUACGCAUUGGGAGCUGGAAAGGUGGUUCAGUUGUUAGGAAUGAAACAAAAUUACAUCCCAAAAUUUGAGGUGCUUUUUUUCCCCCGAAACACCUACGUUACAAAAAAUAAACUGCAUAUCAAAAUGCAUAGCUCUGACUGAAGAUGAAGCUUAAAUUA